CAUAAUCUUCUCUCUACUAAGUAAAAUUUCUCACAUCUUCAUACAACCACUAGAUACCGCAUUAUUCACGAGGGAAAGGUCAUGUCAAACAAGUAUAACCAGCCACUACUCGAUCACGACACCGACGAUGAGAGUUCAGAAGAAAUCACACCUGUAUAUUCGACCCAUAACAGUCGAAUACUCAAGGCCUCACUUAUCGCAAAUCUUCUCCUCCUAGUUAUUUGUGCAUUUCUAAGUGGGACUCUGUUGUUUAUCUCGAGCUCAAAGCAAAGCCGGAAAAACGCGUUGACUGAUGAUAACCUGGAGCCUUAUUCUCCGGCGAAUGACUUCAUAGAGUACGAAUAUCGCCGUAUGGUGACCAAUGACACUAGAUUCACAGGAUUUCCUGGGCCUGAAUGGGAGCGCUCCAUGCAUGAGCUAUUGUCAGGAACCCUUAUACGAAUAUCCGACGACGAACUAAAGCUUCUCAAUUCCGAUUCCAUACCACUGAUGGGUGGUGGAUAUGCAGCAGGACUUGGAGUUGGGCAUAACCUUCACUGCGUGAAACAAGUCAAACGGUUCAUAUAUCGGGAACAUUUCUACUCUGAGAUGGACCCCAGUAGUGAAGAAUAUUAUUACCUUCAAACACACGCCGAUCACUGCCUGGACUUCCUGCGUCAGAGUAUCAUGUGCCACUUGGAUUUCACUAUGUAUACGGUAUAUUGGGAUAAACUGCUAUCAGACAAACCAAUCCACCACGAACCAGGAUUACAGAAGUGUGUGAGUUGGGAUAAGCUACAUGAUUGGAUGCUGGAAAGGCAAGCAAAUACGGAUAUGCUAAUAGAACCAUAA